CAUGUUAAACCAACCAGUUACUGGGGCCCUGUGUGGUCAUGUUAAACCAACCAGUUACUGGGCCCUGUGUGGUCAUGUUAAACCAACCAGUUACUGGGCCCUGUGUGGUCAUGUUAAACCAACCAGUUACUGGGCCCUGUGUGGUCAUGUUAAACCAACCAGUUACUGGGCCCUGUGCGGUCAUGUUAAACCAACCAGUUACUGGGCCCUGUGUGGUCAUGUUAAACCAACCAGUUACUGGACCGUGGGCAGUCAUGUUAAAACAACCAGUUACUGGGCCCAGGGCGAUCAUGUUAAACCAACCAGUUACUGGGCCCAGGGCGGUCAUGUUAAACAAACCAGUUGCUGGACCCUGGGCAGUCAUGUUAAACAAACCAGUACCUGCUAGUCAUGUUCAGGUGGAGAAAGAAGUACAAAUAAAUCAGGAACCAUCAAUUUAUUUCUUAUAUGCACACAAAAGCUUUAAAAAACAAAAAAAAUAAGAACAUGCAGUUGUGUUAAGAAUUCUACAACCUCUGGUCCUGUUUCUGGAAGGUAGAUAAGACAGUUAAGUACCCAUUUAUCAUGCAGUCUGCUAUAUAACUUAAGCACUUAAUCGAUGAUGGCUCAUUGCUCCAAUGUUUAAUUGAUGGUAAGUUAUUGGGAGCAACAUUAUGUUUUGAUGUUUAUUUAUAAAUGACAAUUAUUGUAG